AAAGCAGCGAGUCGUUAUCGCGAUCUAGCACCGCAACCGCAACCGCGGCCGCUACGUGGCGGCUCCGUGGUAGGCAGGAGCACUUCGGACCUGGUAUACUUGAAACGCGGCAUGAGCGAGGGUGAACGAGCGGCGAUCACGCCACGAAUCGGCUGGCGAAAGCUCACCGAUCCUGGCGACUGACACGAAUCCAGGAAGCUGAGGGCAGGUCCAAAGCGAUAGCACCAACUACUGCCAUUCGCUCAUCAGCAUCCCUGUUCUCCUGCCACCCUUUUGACGAUCACUAUUGGUUCAUGGUUCUGGCACAACUUUCGCGAAACGGCUUUCAAAGUCCGCGGGACAACGUCGUCGUCAUCAUCAUUGUCGCGUCUUCCGUGCCAGCUCGAUGCCAACCAGAUGCCGGAUAAUACAUCAUCAAGACCUGCUACGAGGACCUUGAAGAGGGACCCCGAAAUGGCGGGCAAUCGGUGUCGGUAGCAGACGGGGUUAAUGUCCCGAAGAACGCAAUUGUUUAAACCCACGUCGUACCUAACAGCUCACCGAUAGUCUUCGGCAUCCUCUCCCUCUUUUCAUUUGUCUUCGCAUUUCAACGUCCCAGCUAAAUUUAUAAUCAUAGCAAAAUAACUCUGUCUCAUAUCGAGCAAUCCGGAGUGGCCUCACGAAGCGCCCAAAUACGGACAAUAAUUUGUUAGGUACUAAGGCUAGUGUUAAAUUAUAAUACGUAGUAGUGAAGACAACAAGUAUCACAGGAGGCAAGUCAAAAGAAGUCAAACGAAAACAUUCUCUAAAAAUUCUCAGAAGAAAAAUAGAAUAGAGACGAUAUUUCUCUAUUAAGUUGAAAAAAGGAGAAAAAAAUAUAUAAGAAAACAGAUACCGCAUGGAAUGUGAGAGUUUAAAGAGAGUUAAAGAGAGAACUCUGAUUCGAGAAUUUUAGUCACGUUUUCCUUAUCACGUUUUGGUUGAGCUGCAUUUUUUCAGUCGCGAGCAUGCCGCCUACGCCGAGUAAGCUAAAUCUGAGCUUUACCAGAAACGCUUAUAGUGUUUUUGGUAGUCGCAAUGCGACUACUGCAAACGAGCAUCAACGUGAGCAAAAGACGGAAUUGUUGGAGGAUACCAGAGCAAAUCGUACAGGUUUGAAGAAUGGCGUGGAUUAUAUCAAUCUCGAUGAAGAGGACCAGAUGGAAAUUUACGGUUAUAGACGAAACCGCAUACGGGCCGUUAUUACUUGGUUCCUGAUUGUCGUUACCGGAGGUUUGCUGAGACUGAUAUUUCAUUGGAUGCCACAUCUCAUGCUCAAAGCCACCCACACCAAAUGCUCUUUGGAAGAGGCAGAAGCCGUAUUGUUGGUCGAAAAGUUUCAUGGAGCACAUAAAAGUUAUUACGUGAAGAGAAUAAAAACUUUGACUGCUAAAAACGUCAUUGAUAGAUCUUUAGAAGAAUGCAAUGAAAUUAUAAUCAAUAAUGAAAACAGGGAUCAAACUUUUCCUAAAUUACCUAUACAUUUCUCAGGAGGCCGCUUUAAACAGUGGCCUUCUGUCAAAAUUUUUAAAUGUAAGAAACUUAUUUAUGUCUGGGACCCGGAGAGAUCGGAAUUCUUGAAACUGCGUGGCCUCGACACCGACGUUCUAACAUCCACAUUACAUCAAGCACAAGGUCUCAAUUCUCAGGAACAAUACAUGAGGCGUAAUGUUUAUGGCAAUAACGAGAUCGUGGUUCCCGUGAAGAGCAUAGUAACACUAUUAUGCCUCGAAGUGUUGAAUCCAUUUUAUAUUUUUCAACUAUUUAGUUUUUGUCUGUGGCUCGCGGAUGACUAUUAUUAUUAUGCCGUAGUCAUUCUUACUCUGGCAAGUGCCAGUAUUAUGAUAGCAGUCUUUCAAACACGACGAAAUCAGCAAAAAUUGCGGUCGACGGUACAUUCAUCUGACGUCGCCACUGUAUUACGUGAUCGUACGGCUGGUGAAACCGCGACAGUACCAGCCGAACAUUUAGUACCCGGUGACAUCUUAAUAAUACCAUAUCACGGAUGCUUAAUGCCGUGCGAUGCCGUGCUACUGACUGGCAAUUGCAUUCUGAACGAGUCUAUGUUGACAGGGGAAUCAAUACCUGUUACAAAGACACCACUUCCUUCUAACGAUAUGAUAUACGAAACGAAAGAACAUGCUAGGCAUACGCUUUUCUGCGGUACUAAAAUUAUCCAAGCGAGAUAUUACGGCAAUGAGGAGGUACGAGCGAUGGUCAUCAGAACGGGUUUCAAUACCAGCAAAGGUGAUCUUGUACGAUCCAUUAUGUAUCCCCCGCCUGUGGAUUUCAAGUUUGAGCAAGACUCGUAUAAAUUCGUCACAUUAUUAGCGUGCAUAGCCAGCAUCGGCGUUCUUUAUACCAUCGUGAGCAAAAUAACGAGAGGCAUUAGCAUUGACGAAGUUAUUCUGGAAGCGCUAGAUCUCAUCACUAUUGUUGUACCGCCGGCAUUGCCAGCUGCCAUGACGGUUGGACGUCUUGUAGCGCAACGUAGAUUGGAAAAGAAAAAAAUAUACUGCACGAGCCCGAGAGCGAUUAACGUGUCGGGAUCCAUCGAUUGCAUUUGCUUCGAUAAGACUGGAACAUUAACCGAAGACGGUUUGGAUAUAUGGGGCGUGGUGAGUGUAUCGGAUGGCAGGUUCCAGUUGCCCGUCAAGGACAUUACUAGUCUACCGUUAUCCGAAGUCCUUAUUGGUAUGGCUACGUGUCACGGACUCACCAUAAUCGAUAACCAAUUGAAAGGUGACCCGCUCGAUCUAAAAAUGUUUGAUUCCACUGGAUGGACGAUGGAGGAACCCAAUGUAUCCGAUACAUCUAAAUUUUCUAUGCUUAUCCCGACGAUCGUCAAACCAACAGACAAUUCUGCGCUUCCUAGAAGACUGCCUAACGAUUUGAACGAUAGGUUCAGUCGACGAAACUCCUUGUCUUCCGAUGUGAUAGAUGGUAUAUCUCUCAACAAUCUCUCCGACGAUGUGUUCAACGAUCCUGCAAUGGACCUGAACGAGCAAGGACUGGAAGUGGGCAUCAUUCGGCAAUUUCCCUUUACAUCGAGUCUUCAAAGGAUGAGCGUAAUUACCAGGACAUUGGGAGCUCAACAUUAUGAUCUUUACUGCAAAGGUAGUCCGGAAAUGAUCAUCAGUCUCUCAAGAGUAGAAUCCAUUCCUCCAGAUUUCUCGGCUGUCCUACAAGUAUAUACUUCCAAAGGAUAUCGAGUGAUCGCCCUCGCACAUAAGCCUUUAUAUCGUCUUUCGUACAUAAAGGUACAACGCUUAAGUCGUGAAGCUGUUGAGAAUAACUUGACAUUCUUAGCAUUUAUAAUCAUGGAAAACCGACUAAAGGCUGAAACUUCACCGGUCAUCACUGAACUGAACACUGCGUGCAUCAAGAUAGUAAUGGUAACAGGCGACAAUAUGUUGACCGCACUCUCAGUUGGUAGGGACUGCGGCAUUGUAAAGCCAGAUACGCCUGUUAUUGCCAUCACGAUGAAUCAGCAAAAUCAGAUGAUGCCACAGAUUCACUUCACGAAGACCAACAGUCCAUCAUCAUCCACUUCGCCAAAUGAUCAGCGGGAUCUCAGCGAAAUGUCCGAUCUGAACAGCGUAGUUAGUCUGAAUUCUGUCGAGAGCGGUUCCUUCGGUAGUCCAAAGUUGGAGAAGGAUACCCAUUUUUUACAGGAAGAUGUGCAAUAUUCCAAGAACGUGUACACGUUCGCGUUGACAGGAGAAACGUGGGCAUUAAUAAAACAGUAUUAUCCAGAACUGAUACCUAAAGUGGUGACUCGCGGUGCCAUUUUUGCAAGAAUGUCGCCAGAUCAGAAGCAGCAGUUGGUUCAAGAACUGCAGUCCUUAGGAUAUUACGUUGCUAUGGUGGGAGAUGGUGCUAACGAUUGCGGUGCAUUGAAAGCAGCACACACCGGAAUAUCCUUGUCGGACACGGAAUCUUCCGUUGCAUCGCCUUUCACGAGUCGCGAAACUGACAUCUCCUGCGUCUUGACGGUGAUACGAGAGGGUCGGGCUGCACUAGUGACUUCCUUUGGUAUUUUUAAGUAUAUGGCUGCCUAUUCACUCACGCAAUUUAUUUCGGUGAUGCUCCUCUACAGCAUCGACUCCAACUUGACGGACAUUCAGUUUUUAUACAUUGAUCUCUUCAUCAUCUCCAUAUUCGCAUUCUUUUUCGGCCGCACUAAGGCCUAUGAAGGUCCACUAGUAAAAACAGCACCGCUUAACAGUCUCGUCAGCAUGUCACCAAUACUCAGUCUGACCACCCAACUUCUGAUCGUCGCGAUCUUCCAAUACAUGAGCCUUUGGCAUUUGCGGCAGAUGUCAUGGUUCGUACCAUUUAACGCUACCGCGCUCGAGGAUACGGAUGACGUAGGUUGUUUAGAGAAUUACACGGUCUUUGUUAUGAGCGCAAUGCAAUACAUCAUCUUGGCGGUAGCGUUCUCCAAAGGACCGCCAUAUAGAAAAUCUCUGUUUUCCAAUUAUGGUUUACUUACUUCAUUUGUGUCACUCACUUUAGUUUCUAUAUAUAUUGCAAUAUGUCCCUCUAAUUGGAUGAUUAAUUGGUUUGAACUCGUGCUGCCUGACGAUUUAGGUUUUCGCUUCACCCUGAUCGGCUAUGGCAUAUUAAAUUUUGUGAUUUCGGUACUGCUCGAGAAUUUCUUUGUGGACUAUCUCAUAUUUAAAAAAUUUCGUUAUAUCUGGCAUGACUUAGAUAAAUCUCGACGGAAAUUUCUAGCCAUGGAGCGAGACUUGGCAUGCGAUCUCAAGUGGCCGCCGAUUUCUCUAGAGCCACUAUCGGAAGCGGCGCAAAAUUUAUUGAACAGACAAAACGCAACCAAGAUCAGCAUUGAGAAACGAAUUACCGAAUCAUGUCUUCUCGCUGGUCCCAGUUUUAAGAACAAUUCGCCGAUUUGCGCCGGUUCCAAGCACUUCGGAUCCGCUUGCGAAGUUACUCUCAAUCCCAGAUCUCUUUUCAACGAUUGCCGAAACACGAUGUCAUUGCAGACAGUGCCAUGUUUUGAGGACUUGUCACCGAAGCAAUCGAAUGCGGAAACCUCGGUGAAGCGACGACACAAUUCGGAAUCGGCAAAUGGUAUCAAUCAUCACGAGCAACCCUACAUAAAUUAUAAUACUAAUCCUAUCGCCACACUUCCCAGAAAUCCUAACGCCAUCCGCCGUCAGCCGCAAAAGCUCAGGGACUUCGAGGAUGUCCUAGUGCACAAAAACGACGAUCAAUAAGUAUCAAAUGAUCAGACUGUAAAUCUUCGAAUUAAUUUAUCUUAAAUGCAUCAAUUAGAAAUAAAGUUUAAAUAAUAUUCAAAUCUUAGCAAUCUUCGAUUUUUCCGGCGGUUUUGACCAUUAAAACGGCAAAAUAUAAAUAUUCAUAUUUUAUUUAUAUAUUAUUUGUAUAAAUAUUUAC